AUGGGCAUUGGCUUUAUGUUGGAGAUAACUGUUGACGUAGGUGUGGUCAUACCUGCGGCGGGUGUGAGCUUCCUCAACACCAGCACUCACCACAGCUUCACCUCACACCAAGUUUUCCAGUCCCAGCCAGCCCGGCCCCCCAAGCAGCAAGUGUUCCAGCCCCCGCCCUCGCCCCAGCCCAGACCUCCACAGACUCAGCGUCCCUUCGUGCCGUCUCCUCCUGACCUGGCCAACUUCGGCGCGCCACGCCCAGACACCAUCCUGAACGCCCCCUCGCCGCAGCAGCCACCGCAAGGCCCGCCUCGUCCCUCUCCACAGCAGUCCUUCCCUUCCCAAGGCUUCCCUGCGCCACUCCCGGACCUCAGCGACAACAACAUUAUUGGCAUGACACCACCGCCGCCACCGCCGCCCCGGGCAAGGCCGCAGCUCACCACCACAAGGCCCAGACCACCCCAGCCCCCUCCCCAGCUCCAGCCUCAGCCUCAGGCGCCGCGAGCACCUCCCCCACGGCCGCUGACCACCGGCCUGCCGCAGCGUCCCUUCACCUCGCCUCAGUCUAACUCUGUGGACGAGCUGCUGGUGAACCCCGUGCCUGCGGUCAACGCGGGAGUGCUGCCGCUCGCCAACGAGAAGCCCCAGCAGCCGCAGCUCUUCCCGCCCCUCAUCAGCAUACGUUGA